GGGAAACUCGGGGAAGGAAGCUCCCAUGGUCCAAGUGCUUCGGUGCUUGGUGCGUUGUGGCCACUUGAGCCUCAAACAGUCUUGAUUUUGCGGCGAUGGAGAGUUAAGACAACGCCGUGCUAACGAAUGUUCUCAGGUGGGUUGUGAAGCGAAACGCUUUUACGGUGUGUAGACGGAAGCUGGUGACUUGAAUAGGCUUUGUGUGUACAGAAAAUGAUUUCUGAAAAUAUGGGAAUAUAAAGAGAAAGCCGAGAAUCAAAUAUUGAUGAUGGAGAAUAGAUUUCUAGUGUGAAGGCAGAACUUUCGUGAAUAAAUUUUGACAAGCGAUAAGCCUUCCGUGUUUUCUCCUUUUCGUGUGCUCAACAGAAGCGGAUUAAAGAUUAAGAGAGUGCUUAACGUUUCCUGGAAGUGUGUAUUUACUGUGCAAUUAGUUAUGGGCGCCGCUGUAACAGUUAUCCUGUCGAUACAUUUGCUAUGCUAUCGGAUUUGAAUGUGAUUUAUGUUUUUCUGCUAUAAAUAAAUAUUUGCGAGUUGCUUGUUUUGCUGGAGCGAAUUUUGUACCGCAUCCAAACUGCAAAAGUGGACCAAUAUACGUAUUAACUGCACUGUAUAAUCGCACCAAGGGAGAAAUCCUCAUUUUGGAUAUUACUCCUGCUCUAUGCUGCCGUUUUUUCUACAUACCAAGGAUACGCUGUCCUAAACAUAGGAGGAUACUCCAAACAACGCAAAAGAAACCGCAUAAAGGCUGCAAAAAACCAAAUUAAGCCAACGUAACGCCACCGGAAUAUAUUCAAACCACUUUUUCGAAUACAUUUUACACUACAGAACUAUACAAUAAGGGUGCGGACGAACUGCCGGGUUGAUUUCACUGGACAGGUGACAAGCAGGAAUGCAGCGGUGUCCGUACAUACAUGAAAUGCGAGAACGCCUUCUGGGACAGCCCCAAGAGUCGAUGGCAAUGGACACCAUGGAACGUGACGGUUUAAUUGAUAAUCGACAAUCAGCUGAAUUAAAUCAGGUCGGGACAGUGGUCAAGGUUUACAUCUUUGAGAAACAAAAACACGGACAACACAUGAAAGCUUUGCUUACAACAGUAGAGUCCUGCAAGGAAGAACUUAAUCAAAAAGCAAAUAUCAGUAUCAAGCUUCAUGCAGAUGGAUACCACACGAGUCCCACACAUCAAAGAACACCACUAGUGCCUCGAGACUUAGGAGAGGAUUUCAACUUAGACUUUGACGACGAUCAACCUUUAGACUACAGAAAACCCAAAAAUGCCAAUGAUCCACACAUUCUAUCCAGCAACGCACUGGAACUCCAAGAGCCACAGCCAAAAAGAACAUCAUUAUUCAUCGUGACGAGCUUGGUGUAUGCGAUGCUUCUAAUUGUAGUGUGCAUUGCAUACGUGAUAAGUGACGUAACCACACAUCGAUUACCUGUCCUGUAUUAUGAAGGAUUUUUCACAUACCUGUACGGAGCCAGUAUCCUGUUUUUGCUUUACGUAUUUUGUUUCCUGCUACAAGAAAGUACUUGCUGCAGUGGCAACAAACCGAAACCGCCACCAAAGGAAAAGAAGCCAAAGAAACAGAAACCAAAGAAAGGUGAACCGGCCGAAUCAAAGGAUGCUGGAAAGGGUGGAAAGGACUCAGGAAAAGGUGGUAAACCCAGUCCAUUCCAGGAAAGAUUACCCAAAAAGAAACGCGACUUGGUUCGAGAGAAAAUGCUCCUUAAGGAUACAACCGCUGAGGCAGAAGCAGCCGCCACACCAAAAAAUGUACGCAAACGAAAAACGACACUAAACGAACAGAGCCAUGGAAGCUUCUUUUUACGUGUUGGAGCUAUAGCUUUCGGGCUUGGUGCAAUGAUUUAUGUUGGAUUGGAAUUUGGGUCAUUCUUUGAAAUUCCAUUCACAUCACGAUGCCAUCACAUCCUCAACGGUGUUAAUCCUUUGCUCCAAAUGAUUUUCACUUUUAUGCAAAUGUACUUUAUCUUCAUGAAUUCAAGGCUCAACAUUCAUCGAUUCAAAGUCCUCGCUCGAUUUGGACUAAUGCACGUUGUAGCAACAAACAUUUGCGUUUGGAUCCGCACCCUUGUCAAGGAAUCCCUCCACGAAAUCACAAUUUACCAUCAAAAGCGCGGUGCUGACCCGGAGGACUCAUUCAUUUUGGAUUCAAUCCGUCGCCACACCCUACGCCAUGCUGGUCAGGUAAUGAAGACCCACCUCGAACCACAUCCUGAUAUUGAAACGUUUGAUACGCCCAAAUUGGGACAUGAUGAAAAUAUACUCUCGAAAAUGGUCCGAUCAACGGUAGAGGGAGUAACUAAUCGAAUAAAUAAUCUGGAUGAGUUCCUUGAUCCAAGGAGACUAGCCACGACGUCAUCGACGACAACUACAACAGCAUCCCCAUAUGUAUUUAGAUCAACAUCAACCACUGAAGAACCAUCAUCGACUCCAUUCUACUUGGCUAGUACAACAAUGAUGAGAAAACUCAAAAAGUUUAUCACUUCGACUGCGGCUACCACAACUACUUCUUCUACUACAACAACAUCUCCCCUAUCAACGAGCACUUUGUACCGACCCGUCGAGGACGAAACCGUUGCUGCGUCUACCUUUGCUCCGCUCAAUAGCCUUUCUUCACUAUUCUCCGGCUUUUCUUCUUCCCCAGCGGCACAAACUGUCCAAUCCAUUCCAGAUAACUUAUUCAGCGGAUUGGAGAAUAGCUACCAGACCUUGUCGGAAAUUUCCCACAGCGAAAUCGAACCUUACGAGAGUUUGGAUAAUAUUUACCCAGCAGCCCUUUCCUCAGCUGUAGGAACCCUGAAUUCCACUAUUUGCGGCCGAGUAGACAUAAUGGGAACUAUCGUCUAUGACUCGGCGCCUUAUCUUUAUCCUUUCAUUAUUGAAUAUUCUUUGGUUGGAGCCGUAGUGAUUUACGUCAUGUGGAAGCACAUUGGGCGCAACCCGAGGUUCAUGAAUGAGGAAGACUUGGAGCACAGGCUUGAAGUUAUGCUUUCCCGGCGCGCAGUCGCUAUGGCACAACAGGCAAGAACUGGCCGAGUAGACUGCGUGGGAUCCUCCAAAGGACUGUUCUUCGGCCUAUUGUUGUUAGUCGGAUCAUUGAUUUGCCUAAUCCUGUUCUUCGUUCUCGUUCGACAUCCACAAUUCUCGUUGUUGGCUAUAUACUUGGCAGAUGUGAGCCAUUGCGUACUAAUGGCGUUUGCAGUGUUUGCUAUUAUUAUUGGAUUUAUACGCGUGAAAUCCUUGAAAUUCCGUUGUGAGGAGCAAAGCAAUUUGAAUGAUAUUCUUCUACGCAUAUCAGCAUUUGGGCUCUUUGUCUAUUCUGUAUUUAGUGUAAUUGCUGGCUCGUUGAAAGCUCUGGAGAGUGAGCCGAAUCUUCUAGUCACCACGACCGGUAUCCUGGCUGUCUUCCAGGUUGUAUUCCAAUUGUUAUUCAUCGCAGAUGUAUCUAGACGUCGUGUACAUCUUCCUGAACAUGAUCGUAGCAAGCCAGGUCGUCAGAUAGUAACAUUCCUACUUAUUUGCAAUGUAUCGAUGUUUGCAAUUUAUACAUUCGAAGCACAAAAAGUGUUCGCUAAUCCGGUUCAACUUGACUUUUAUGGAUUCGUGCCAUGGUCGAUCAUCCAACGUGUCACAUUGCCACUUUGCAUCUUCCACCGAUUCCACAGCGCCGUCACAUUGGCCGAGAUCUGGAAGACUACCUACAAGGCUCGUCUCGAGUAAACCUGACAAACCAAUAGACUUCAAAAAAUUCUGACCAAUAUUGCAAGAGAAAAGUAAAGAGAGCGGACUGCGCCUCUGCGAAGCUCAGGUGCACUUCCUUUCCAAUGAAUUUACAGAACAAAGCACACUUUUCUAGCAUUAAGACAAUUUCAAGUCAUUCUCGAGGCUGGACCAGCCUGCGUGGUCCAGCCACCAUCAGUCAAUGCAAUAGAAGCAUAACAAGCGAAUACCAAAAUAUUGUUUCAGUUGGUAAGUGAAAUAUUUAUUUUUAAAUUAACUAGGACGGAGAGUAGGGGAGCGAACCAGGGGAACGUACAGAGCAUUAAACACAGAAACAAACAUAAAGGUUGAAUAUUACGUAAACGUCGUUAAUUAUAUAAUAAUAUAUUCAGAAGUCGUCGAGAUGUUUAAGAGAUUAAAGAAAUAAAAGUAAAUGAAUAAUAAGAAAUGUUGUCACUUUCAGAAGUAAAGAUUUAAUGGAAAGAUACAAACACAAUUUAAAGUAAAUUUAAUAUUGAAAAUGUAGGCUAAGUGAAUUUCAAGAAUUUGCUCUCGUCUAUGUACUGUAAUUUUACAAUAUUGUAUAGGUGUUAGGAGGCAGCCCAGAUAUAAUCAAACUAAUGCAAUAUCAGAGCAAGUAACAAGAGGAGUUGAGGGAACCGAGUAGACCCGCGGGGCAAGCCGCUCAAACCCAAGGAACAGUGAUAGAACCAUUGCGUGUUUGACUGGGCGUGAAAUUAUCAUAAAUCUAUUCAGAUGGAGUUCGCCCUUCAGCAAUUUUUUGUGCCAUCGCCAUACAUAUACGCGGACUGUUUUCGAUUUCUUUUGAAUCAGUAGAUUGAUUUCCGUAUUCUUAUCUAGCAGUUUCAGGUGCCAACAGUAGAGUAAACGCUAGUACUCGCCGCAGCCAUUCUGACUUGGCGAAAAUUCACUCAGUUGUAGUUGUGUCGGUAGCGCUAACUCACCAUCCAUCGUUCGAUUAGUUUCUUCGCACAUGGACCCUGUCCAGGCCUCCUUGUAGUGAAUCCCAUAGAAUAAUGGAAAUGACAUUUAUACAAUUCGACAAAUUUGUCCAUUCAUCCGUAGAUGCAAAACGUAAAAUUACGAUUAAUAUACGAGUAUUUACAAAAACAAAUGCUUAAAGUUUAAUGAAAAGCGACUGUCAUUUUUUGUACUUAUCUAACUUUUUUACAUUUUAAAAAUUUAAAGUGAAAAAUGGAAAAAAAUAUAUACCAAAGUGAUGAAUCACGUUUUAUAUAAGGACUUUAUAUUAAAUACCUGCGACUUUGAUUGAUGCAACUCCCCCUAAUUUGAGGAUAAAACCGGUGCAGUCUUGGAGCAGAUCAAGUUGGAAAAAGUAAAAAUUUUCAUGAAAUUUUGACCCUUUUACCCAGUUUUACGUUGACUUGAAACCCUCGAACUUUUGUUAAAAUAUAUUUUGAAAUGAAAAUGUUGUUAACAAAAAAUUUAAAUUUAAACUAGAUCAGGGGAGUAAGCUGAAUUUUGAACGAGAAAAAAUUAAAUCUAAAGAAACUUAUCUAAGUAAUGAAGUAAUAAAUUAACAAUUCAAAAACGUCCCACCUGAGUUUAGGCAUUUUUUUCUUAAAAAGAAUUUAACAAGAAAUCGAACAUUUUAAUAACAUUUUAGAAAUGGCAUUGAAACUAAACAUUUAAGGAGAAUCAAAAUGCAAGCAGUAGCGCUAAAAGUACUUAACAAACUCAAUGAAUAUGAAUAACGUUAUUGAUUAGAAUAUCUAUUUAAUAUUAAAACUCUUAACAGUCGAGCGAACAAAACAGAGACACGCAACACGAGCCAAACCAAAAACGAAACAACAAUACAACAAACACUGUUUGCCAAGUAUUGACAUUUUACUGAAUGACUCUCACCCCUCCCGUGCGCGGAGUACCUUUUGCGUAAAAUUUUGUUGAUAUACCCGAAGAAGUGAACAUCGAAAGCAAUAGAUCCGCCCUUUUCGUUUCGUUGUGAAUUAACUUAAGGAUUACACUGUGUGAGUUCAUUGCUUGUAUUCUCAGCACAAAUAAUUGAUAAUUUCUCUUCGGAUUCCGUUGUAAAUAUUCUGAGAUAAAAACUCCUUUCGAGGACCUUCAUUGUAAUAUAGAGACGAUUUCAUUAUUUUACUAGUUUUUAAUAUUCGUAAAUAAUAAAAUAGUCAUGACCGAUUUACCGCAUAGAGAUAUUCUUCAAUACAAUAGUUUUAACAGUGAUUAGUGCGCGUAUAUAUUUUUAAUAACAUAUUAAACCUUAACCUUAACGAUAUUUUAAACUGGUCUAUUGUACUUGACUCUUUUUGACUACAUUGCAAUAUACACAUACAUAUUUACUGUACAACCACGGCAAGAAAACUAGAGCAGGUGUCAUUUUCUAUUCGACAGAUUUACUUUUUACCCAUUCAGAUGCAUUCUAAGUAAAACAAUACUGUACACUGCCGAUUAGAUCUUAAAUACCAGAGACAAAGCAAGAGUAAGUGAAAAUCCUUUCUGAUUCUCACAAAGUAAAGAUUUAUGGUUAAGGAGUGGAAUGGGUCUUUGAAAACAGUUUUCGAUAAAAAGAUAGAUCACAAGGAAAUGUUGAAUUCUGGCUGGUAUAGCGAAAUUUGUUGAUUGUACAAACAAGUGGAGCCAAGACAGUAAUUCUCUUACAACUGCAAAAUGGUUUUGUUGUAUGAAUUCCACACACAAAAACAAUACACCACUUAUACUCCAAUCAAACUACCUAUAUCUCUGAAUGUAUAUGUUAUGAAGAAAAAUAUAUAAUAAAUAUAUAUAUUAAAUUGAAUAAACUGAAAGAGAUAAGAAAUUAUAACAUCAUUAAAGAAAUAAAAAAGUUUUAAG